AAACGCAUAUAUCACUUGACAGCGGAAAUCUUAACAAAAAAAAGCUGCUAAAAAUAUUAAAAUUCAUAAGUUUAUGAUGAAAGGACGCGAGUAAAAGUAUUAGAAUUUUAAAAUCUAUAUAAUGGUGGUCUCGAAGCGCAAGAAGGAUGUCAAGGAGCCCGCCUCAGCGCCUCCAGAAAUAAAAAGAACAAAAAUCCAAGCGCAACGUAAAUUUGCACAGGGACAACAGCCACCUUCUUCAGCAUAUCUCACCUAUAAUCUAACAUCAGGUAGUGAAACUCCAGUUAAAGAGAAAUCACAGGAAAGAGAAUUGUUGCCAAAUCUACGUCCAAACACAGAAGAUUUUCUUACAUUUCUUUGUUAUCGUGGCACAAAUGCUCUUCCUAAAGAGUGCGAUUUUCAAAAUACCCUCAAUAGGCCAUCGACAAGUGGCACAACGGCAAAAGGAAACAAAAGUGGAAGUGAUAAAAAGAACAAAGAUAUUAAGAAAAAAUCUCCUAUAAAGAAACAGGAAAAUGCGACAGUUGUAAAGGAGUCGCAGAUUUCGAAACCUUCAACAUCACAAGAAAAAGAUCCUAAAACUGGAUUUAUGCCUUUCGCAGUUCGUAAACGAGCUGAAAUUCAUCCUCUUAAAAAUGAUAAGAAAAAGCUGCAGUUGAUGACUAAGAAACGAAAAGAACAGAAACAAGACUUGGACUCUACAAGUGAGUCAUUGAAUGGACCAAGAACGACAAGAGCAAACAACACAAAUGAUGUUAGUGUUAAUAAAAAUACGAAAAAAUUGAAAGAUACAAGUCAGGAUUCAUCUUUUUCUGAACCUGUGAAAGUGGAUUCGCCUCACAAUUCAACGCUAAAUAAUGAGUCAAAUAAGGAAGAGGAAACUAAAAAGAACGCUGAGAAACGUCAAACAAGACUAUCUGCAAUUAAAAAUCCUCCACAAUCAACAUCGACACCGAAGGAAAGUUUGAAAAAAGAGGAAUCUGAAGAGUCGAUUUCUUCAUCUGAAGACGAUGAGCCUUUAAUCAAGUCGGAACCGAAGAAUAAGAAAUUAAAGUUACAGGAAUCUAAGUCCAAUGCUGACUUAAUGAAAUCUUUUUGCUCUGAUGUCAACAAGUCUUCGUUGACUAAUCAUAACAACAGCUCGCAGAAUGACUCAAAGCAAAGUGUUGUCAAAUCAAAUCGUGGCAGAAAAAAGAAAAUUGUAAUUGAAAAAUCAAAAGAAAAGUCACCAGAAAGUGAAAAAUCGCCUGAAAUUAAGAAAGUUGUGAGAAAGAAGAAGACAAAUGUUGAUCAAGAAAUUGCAAAUUCGCAAGCCAACACGACAGAUUUAAGUGAAAAUGAAGCGCGUGGACGACCAAUGAGAAAAACAAAAGAAGCGGCAACGAUUUAUAUGGAAUUAAUAGGACGCAAAUUAACAUUGCGUGAUUCAUCUGACAAUGAUUCUUCACUUGAUAGUCUUGAAGUUCCAAAUCUCAAACGAGUUGAACUUCUUGAGAAUGAAUUGAAAGCAAAUUGUGAAAAGAAGGCCAAAGAAGCUGAAGCUGAAGCCGAACAAAAGAGAAAAACUGAUGCAAAAAACUUAAAAGGAAAACGCGGGAUGAAAAAAUUAUUAGAAGGGGAAGACGAAGAAGUGUUAGAAGAAGUGAAAAAAAUAAAGGAAGAAAAGGUUUUAGAAAAAAGUUUUAGUGAUUCCGACGAAGAGCCGCUUGCAACAAAGCUGACAAAACAAUCGUCGGAAAAGCCUCCGGAGAAACCAGCACCGAAGAAACGUGGACGGAAAAGCAAUCAAGAACUUGCUGAAAUAGCCGCUCGGAAGGAAAAUGAGAGAAAGGAAGCCGAACAAAUAAAAUCGCCUCCUAAAAAGUGUGAGUCGAAAAAGAAUUCAUUAAAUCAAUCUCCAAGUGCCAAACUGUCAAUAAGUGAAAAGAAAAUAAAUGAAAAGCAAGUCAAAAAUAAUGCUUCAGAGCUUUCACGUCAAGAAAAACAAUCAGCGGAAAACACGCACAACCGUCAGACAGAAAAACCGAAAAUUCUUCAGACUGAUGAUGAUGAGUUUGUCAAAGGAUUUGAUUCAGCUGGUGCCAAACCAAUGGCAUCAGUGAAGUCGUCAAUAAAUUUACUUCCAAGUAAAGAAGAAUCUGAAAAGAUUUUCGGCAUUGCGAGUGUGACACUUGCACAAAGUUGUGGACCUUUAGACACCAAGUGCACUUUGGGUAAAUGUGGAUCAGUUCAUGUUCAUAAACCACCAUUAGCUCCACCAGUUCUAACUGAGUCAGCUUUAGGUGCAAGUCUCUCGCCAAAAGAUCGUCGUAAGAGUAAAGUGAACAUGAGUCGAGAACAAAUUCAAAAGUGGUUGGAAGAAGCUUCAUGGACGCCAAUUCCGGACGAUGAAAUGGAAACUGUUGACAUAAAAACAACAUCAAAAGCUUCGACAUCAAGUAUUGGACAUUCAAAAUCUGGUGAUGAUUCUCAAUCUUCGAGUUUAAUAAGAGAGAAAAAUGUUGUGCAACAAUCGCCAUCAACAAGUGGCAAAACUGAACAACAAAGCAAACAACAGAAAGAAAGUUCACUCAUCACAACUAAAUUUCUUGCGAAAGUUGAUGAAAAAAUUAAAUCAAAUUUUCCAUUGAAGAAUGAAGAGUCAAAGAAACAACAACCGCAGCCGUCAAACUCUGUCAAAGGCAAUCAACAGAAAGCGAAUGGUUCGAAGAUGUCAGAAAAAGCUGUGAAAUCUCCAUCGAGUAGCGUUGCUGAAAAGAAAACUCCAAUUUACCAACAACAACAGCAGCAGCAGCAACAAACACAGAAACGUCGAACGCCUGUUUACAAAACUGACAAUAAAGUUAACUCAAAGUUGACUCCAAUGUUACCCAAAAGCUUUGGUGCCUUUUCGCCUGAGAACGAACACAGUAUUUAUUCAUUUGAUAGAGAAGACGACGAUCUUCCAACUCCAGCAACUCCAUUUCGUCGAAGUAAUUCAAAAACUGAGAGCGAUGCUUUUAACAAACUCGCAUUAACGCCAAACAAGCAAAUGUCUCAGCAACAACAGCAAUCGCAGGUUUCGUUGACAUUAAGUCCGGAUGAGAACCGAAAAUCUGCUGCAAUUAGUGUCGGUGGUGAUGAAGUGAAGAAGGAAAAUGAAAAAGUGGAGAAUAAGGAGCGAGAUGGUGAAAACGAUUCAGAUUCGGAGGGUCAUACUUUCUACAUUCCUUUGCAAGCAUCGAACGUGUCAGGAAGUAAGACAAUUCAAGGUGUUGCUGUGAAGUUGGGAACGGAAGGAGCUGAAGGUCCGAAUCAAAGGAUUAUAAUGCAUGCUAAACUUGUCACAAAGUCGCGAGCUAACACAACGCCAUUACCUGAAUCUGUUAAUAAUGUUCAAGAGCUUGUAAAGUCGUUGAUGGCUAACAAAGAAACGACGACGACAUCAUCAACAACCACGACAAAGCCAGUUCCAUGUGCGACUGUUCAACCACGUUUCAAAUCAAACGACACAGAACCAGAACCAAGCACGUCAUCUUUAGUUGCCACAACGAAAACGAAACAAACACCUAAACUAGGAAAUCUCACUGAAGCUCCAGUCUUUCGUCCAACAGAGAAAGAGUUUCAAGAUCCAAUCGAAUAUAUUGAAAGAAUUACUCCAAUGGCAUCAAGAUUUGGCAUUUGUCGUAUUAUUCCACCUGAAAGCUUCAAACCUGAAUGUCGUGUAAGUGAUGAAAUGCGUUUCACAGCUUACGAUCAAUAUGUUCAUAAAAUGCUGCAUCGAUGGGGUCCAAGUGCGAAAGAAUUUUCAGCGAUUAAGAAAUAUUUAGCGACACAAAGUAUUGUUUUUCAAAGGCCACCAUUAAUAGCUGGAAUUGAAGUUGAUCUUCCUCGUCUUUAUCACACUGUGCAAGAGCUUGGUGGCUUAAAAGAAGUCAUUGAGAAGAAGAAAUGGGCUAAAGUAGCUGAAGAUAUGUGCAUUCCAAAAACAGCUCACGAUCGUGUCACUAAACUCGAUGAUAUUUACUGUAAAUAUUUGUUACCUUACGACACAUUGUCACAUAGCGAACGUCAAAAGCUUUUCGAUGAAGUUGAAGCUGAUUGGGCGAAACGUGAAGCAAAAGCUCGAAGAAAUGCUGAUAAAGGAAUUGACUCUGAUGAGCAGAGUAAUGAAGAAAGUGAAGAGAGUGAUGAAGAAGAUGAAGAUGACAAUGCAUCGAUGGAGUGUAUGAUAAAAGGCCGAAGCAUGGCAUUAAGUCAAUUCUAUCGAGUUGCACGAAACAUGGUGACAUUAUGGUUUAAAACACCUGAACCUUCUGUGUCUGAAAUUGAAAGCGAAUAUUGGCGUCAUGUUGCUGUUCGAGACAGUCACGUUUGCGUUCAUUAUGGAUCAAUUGAUUCAAGUGGCUAUGGCUACGGUUUUCCUGUUCCGGGAUCGAAAACAAAAAUGUCGCCAUGUUCGAAACAUCCGUGGAACUUGAAAGUUCUUACAAAUAAUUGUGGAUCAAUAUUGAGAUCGCUUGGACCUGUUAUGGGGGUCACUGUGCCGACACUUCAUGUUGGAAUGCUUUUUAGUGCUGUUUGCUGGUAUCGUGAUCCAACAGGACUUCCAUGGAUCGAAUAUUUACACACUGGAGCAAGUAAAAUUUGGUACGCAGUGCCGGAUAAUCAAAGUUCCAACUUCAGAACGGCUUUAACAUCUUUAGUUCCUUCACAUUGUCAGAACAAAACAAUUUGGUUGCCUUGCGAUACUGCUAUGGUUCCACCUUACAUGUUGACUGAUCGGAAUGUGUCUUUGUGUCGUACAGAACAGCAACCGGGACAAUUUGUGAUUGUUUUUCCUAGAGCUUAUACUUCAAGCGUCUGCACAGGCUACACAGUUUCUGAAAGUGUUUAUUUUGCAACAAAUAGUUGGCUUAAUACUGCACAUCUUGACUUUAAGGAUAUACAAGAAAGUUGCGAACCUACAAUGUUCUCAUUAGAACAAUUAUUAUUCGCCAUAGCAAAUGAUCAGAGAAGUAAAGAAGAAACAAUUGUGAAAGUCCUUCCAAUGUUAAGCGAAGUUUAUGAUUCUGAAAAGAAAAAUCGUCAAGCUUUAAAAGAUGCUGGCGUAACUAAAACAGAAAAAAUACACGAGACGAAAAAUAAAGUGAAUGCUGAAGAGCUUGAAUGUAAUUAUUGUCGUGCAAACUUACACAUAUCUUGGAUUGAACAUUAUGAUGACGAUGAUGAAACAGUAUACUGUCUAAAACAUUCGUUGAAAUACAUCAAUAACAAUCGUAUUCAAGCGAAUAAUUGCAAACUUAUGUUUACCUACACAAUAGAAGAAAUCGAUAAAUUAAUCAAAAAAUUGAAAUCGAAAAUCUCUUCGAGUGAAGGCGAAGGACAAUCGUCGCAGAAUGAGAGUCAACCGCAGACAAAGGCACAAAAUAAAUUAAACCACGACAACAGUGAUGAUAAUGGAAAUCAAUUGCAGACAAUCGAUAGUGAAGAUGAAGAAGAUAUUCUUCCUAAAAUAUAUUUAGCGACACAAAGUAUUGUUUUUCAAAGGCCACCAUUAAUAGCUGGAAUUGAAGUUGAUCUUCCUCGUCUUUAUCACACUGUGCAAGAGCUUGGUGGCUUAAAAGAAGUCAUUGAGAAGAAGAAAUGGGCUAAAGUAGCUGAAGAUAUGUGCAUUCCAAAAACAGCUCACGAUCGUGUCACUAAACUUGAUGAUAUUUACUGUAAAUAUUUGUUACCUUACGACACAUUGUCACAUAGCGAACGCCAAAAGCUUUUCGAUGAAGUUGAAGCUGAUUGGGCGAAACGUGAAGCAAAAGCUCGAAGAAAUGCUGAUAAAGGAAUUGACUCUGAUGAGCAGAGUAAUGAAGAAAGUGAAGAGAGUGAUGAAGAAGAUGAAGAUGACAAUGCAUCGAUGGAGUGUAUGAUAAAAGGACGAAGCAUGGCAUUAAGUCAAUUCUAUCGAGUUGCACGAAACAUGGUGACAUUAUGGUUUAAAACACCUGAACCUUCUGUGUCUGAAAUUGAAAGCGAAUAUUGGCGUCAUGUUGCUGUUCGAGACAGUCACGUUUGCGUUCAUUAUGGAUCAAUUGAUUCAAGUGGCUAUGGCUACGGUUUCCCUGUUCCGGGAUCGAAAACAAAAAUGUCGCCAUGUUCGAAACAUCCGUGGAACUUGAAAGUUCUUACAAAUAAUUGUGGAUCAAUAUUGAGAUCGCUUGGACCUGUUAUGGGGGUCACUGUGCCGACACUUCAUGUUGGAAUGCUUUUUAGUGCUGUUUGCUGGUAUCGUGAUCCAACAGGACUUCCAUGGAUCGAAUAUUUACACACUGGAGCAAGUAAAAUUUGGUACGCAGUGCCGGAUAAUCAAAGUUCCAACUUCAGAACGGCUUUAACAUCUUUAGUUCCUUCACAUUGUCAGAACAAAACAAUUUGGUUGCCUUGCGAUACUGCUAUGGUUCCACCUUACAUGUUGACUGAUCGGAAUGUGUCUUUGUGUCGUACAGAACAGCAACCGGGACAAUUUGUGAUUGUUUUUCCUAGAGCUUAUACUUCAAGCGUCUGCACAGGCUACACAGUUUCUGAAAGUGUUUAUUUUGCAACAAAUAGUUGGCUUAAUACUGCACAUCUUGACUUUAAGGAUAUACAAGAAAGUUGCGAACCUACAAUGUUCUCAUUAGAACAAUUAUUAUUCGCCAUAGCAAAUGAUCAGAGAAGUAAAGAAGAAACAAUUGUGAAAGUUCUUCCAAUGUUAAGCGAAGUUUAUGAUUCUGAAAAGAAAAAUCGUCAAGCUUUAAAAGAUGCUGGCGUAACUAAAACAGAAAAAAUACACGAGACGAAAAAUAAAGUGAAUGCUGAAGAGCUUGAAUGUAAUUAUUGUCGUGCAAACUUACACAUAUCUUGGAUUGAACAUUAUGAUGACGAUGAUGAAACAGUAUACUGUCUAAAACAUUCGUUGAAAUACAUCAAUAACAAUCGUAUUCAAGCGAAUAAUUGCAAACUUAUGUUUACCUACACAAUAGAAGAAAUCGAUAAAUUAAUCAAAAAAUUGAAAUCGAAAAUCUCUUCGAGUGAAGGCGAAGGACAAUCGUCGCAGAAUGAGAGUCAACCGCAGACAAAGGCACAAAAUAAAUUAAGUCAGAAGAGAGGAAGUGGGAAAUUUUAA